UUCAAUAUGUGCCCUUAACACUGUUCACGUGGAACACUCCAUGGUUUGGUACUGUCCCGCGUGGCAAUUUAAUGGAAUGAACCAGACUGGGAUUGACACUCGAACCUCAACCGCCGCCUAUUUGGGUUCCUAAAACCGGUGGAGAACAUUUAGCCAUAACUAUUUUGAUACGCUAGCUAGCAAAGUUGCUAACUAGUUAGAGAUAAUUAGUUGACGUAUGAGUCGAGUUAGCGCACUGUCUAAACUUGACCAUUCAGAGCGCUCUCCCAGUUUAGCCCUGUCAAGGAUCAUAUUUUAGCGUGACAGUUUGCGCAUAAUUUUGAAUAAUAACAUAAAAUCUCAGAAGCACUGAGAUUUUGGAAGAGCCAAGAUGUCUGGGGAACUAGAGCAGAUUCUCUUACAGCUCACGCAGCCUGACAAUGCGGUUAUUCAGCAGGUAAGGAGUGGACUCUCCUGAUUGAGCCUGUGAAAUUGGGAUUGACAGUUAACGUUACCCUGGCAUGCUUUGGUAACAAGCACCAACCGGCUAUCUAACGUUAACUGUUAACGUUAGUUAUCAAAAAUGGACAGCUAUUGCUAACGUAACGUUAGCAAGCCAAAUUAUGUCACGAACGAGUGUGGCUAACAGACAAUUAUUUUCCUACACUGUCCAUCACUUUAUAAACUUGACAGUUCACUAACGUUUUAGCUGCCUGGCUAACUUUCUUUAUUCAGUUAGUAUUCGCCAUAUCCAACAUGUUUUUUCCCUACAGGCCACCGCCCAGUUGAAGCUGGCUUUUAAAGACCCAGCCAUCAUCCCAGCGUUGUGUGCUGUCAUGACUGGGUCCCAGAACUCACAGGUAUGUAGGUUACACAUGAGUUACACUAACACUUUUCAUCUGUGUGAAGAUGCCAGCUAUAUGUGAUAUAUAUGUGGAACCCAGGGGUUUGCAUGUGGUGUUCUCUUUGUGCGGCUUAUUGCAGGCUCUCAUCAGAGAAUUAAUUGUUGUUCCCCCCCCCCCUCUCAUCAGAUCCGCCAGUCAGCCGCAGUAAUGUUGAGGAUGAGAGUGAAGAAGCAUUGGAAGAAGAUUAGCCCUGAUCACAGAGAGAGGUUGGAUGCCCUUUGUUGUCUAAUUCCCCAGCAAUCAGCCAUUUUCAAGUCCUCUGUAUUGGACUGUUGAAUUAAGUUUGAUUUGUUUUACAUUUCCAUUGUAUUUGAGAUGGGGUUUUUCUUUCUUCAUAGUCUGAAAGCAGUGGUCCUACAAGCUUUCCAGCAGGAGACAGAGUAAGUAUCUUUGAUCCUUUACAUAAAAACACAGUCACAUAUUUUUUUUGAGGUGGAAAACUAGACAUACUAGAAAUACAAUGGGUUAUCAUACAGAUGUAUAGCUAGAAGCUAUAUCGGACCAUAACCACUAACUCAUCCGUACACACCAAUUAAACUUGCUACAUCUGAACUUGACAAUAACACCUGUCUCUGUUUCCAGACACGCAGUGCGCCACUCCCUCUCGCAGCUCAGUGCAGUGAUGGUCAAACACGAGACGCCAGACCGCUGGCCUGCUCUAUUCGCACUCCUUAACCAGUCCACCAAGAGCAACAACCCAACGGACAGACAGGUACCAGCUUCUAUAGGUAGAACUAAAACACUGCAACCUAUUAGUUGUAAUUCAUGGGAUAAUAAAGAAUGACUUCCAUUGGCUUGUCCUGACAACGUAAACACAGAGAGGUUGUGCUGUAUGUGGAUUUGAUUGGAGCUCUUGAUGGUUGCUCACUGAUUGGUCAGGAUAUGCAUAGAUCAAAAUGUUUCUCUCAGGUGGGUCUACUCUUGCUCAGCAAAGUGGUGGAGUCCAACCCGGAGUCCUUCAAGCCCCACUACCGCCAACUGCUGCAGCUGUUUGGCACCGUGCUGCAAGACCUGGACAACCCCACAGCCAUGUACUACAGCAUCCUCACCCUCACUGCUAUGACUGCCUACACUGGCACAGAGGAGAUGGUGAGGCCAGAAUCAAUCUAUUUGAUGCCCUUUUGGAGUGAACAGAAGUUUAGUCUACCAGUAUCCUUCAUGGCUGUGUUGAAAUGGAAUAUCUUGUGUCUUUCAGAACCUAAUGCGCUCCCUCAUCCCAACACUGAUCAUUGCUCUCAAACACCUCAUCAAGGCAGACCAGGUAGGGGAUAGUUCAAUAUGUCAGCCCUUAAUAGCUGCACUGAUGAUUGCACCAGUCUUCAGGGAUGACUGUUAAAUGGAGCCUUGAAAGCACUAUUGUCCCAGUGAGGCCAUGGAGGUGUUAUUGGACUGUUUCUAUGUGUUGACCAGGAUCAGGCCAGUGAGGUGUUAUUGGACUGUUUCUAUGUGUUGACCAGGAUCAGGCCAGUGAGGUGUUAUUGGACUGUUUCUAUGUGUUGACCAGGAUCAGGCCAGUGAGGUGUUAUUGGACUGUUUCUAUGUGUUUGACCAGGAUCAGGCCAGUGUGGUGUUAUUGGGACUGUUUCUAUGUGUUGACCAGGAUCAGGCCAGUGUGGUGUUAUUGGACUGUUUCUAUGUGUUGACCAGGAUCAGGCCGUGUGGUGUUAUUGGACUGUUUCUAUGUGUUGACCAGGAUCAGGCCAGUGUGGUGUUAUUGGACUGUUUCUAUGUGUUGACCAGGAUCAGGCCAGUGAGGUGUUAUUGGACUGUUUCUAUGUGUUGACCAGGAUCAGGCCAGUGUGGUGUUAUUGGACUGUUUCUAUGUGUUGACCAGGAUCAGGCCAGUGUGGUGUUAUUGGACUGUUUCUAUGUGUUGACCAGGAUCAGGCCAGUGAGGCCAUGGAGGUGUUGGAUGAACUGAUGGAGAGUGAGGUUUCCAUCAUUGUCCCACACAUCGCUGAAAUUGUCCACUUCUGCUUGGAGGUGAGAACAAGAAGCUCUAAUAAUAUUUCUAAUGACUUUUAGCUUAUAUGCCAUUGUAGGAAAUGUCAUGGUUUGUCUUGUUGACAAUGAAAUGUGUACAUGUGUGUCUCAGGUCAGUGCAGACAUCACUUUGACUGACUCCCUGCGUGUGAAGGCUCUGUCCUGCAUCGCUUUUCUCAUCCGACUCAAGAGCAAGGUAAAGUCACCCGAUAUAAAUGGAUGCCCUACAUUCACCCUCCAGUGAGCUUGUUUGUCCUUAAAUUGAGGUAUAUGUCAAUAAUGUCUCUCAAGUGGCGUCAUCCCAUGUCUCCUUUCCCCCUUCUCACCAAAUAAAAGGACAGGUGAACGCAAAUUCCCUAGCCUGUGUUUUCAGAGGAGAGGAAACCACUUCAGACCAUAGAGAUGAACCUUUCUCCUUAAAAUAUGUGGAGCUUGUCAAGUGAUGUAUGCUUGGCUGUUCUCUCUCUCCCCUUCAGACAGUGUUAAAGCAGAAGUUGCUCAAUCCCAUCCUGCAGACAGUGUUCCCCGUGCUGAGUGCAGCGCCCCCACCUGGGGAGGAGGACCCUGAGGACGAAGAGAACAGCAAUGAGGACGACACUGACAACGAGAGUCCCAAACACUUUGCUGCUCAGGUCAACUUCCCUUCUGUUGUUGGACUGGCAUACAGCAAAGAAAAUAAAGAAUAGCAGAAUAUAAUGCACAGAAAAUAGGGGAUGUUGUUUUGGAGAGCAACACAUUUUGUGUGUGAAUUUUAAUGUCUGUUUGAAAUAGAAUGUGUUUUUGUUUGCAGGUUAUUGACACCAUGGCUCUUCACAUGCCCCCUGAGAAACUAUUCCACCAACUGGUUAGUGAACACACUCACUUCCUUCAUAUAUCAUUUGCCUGCCAAUCAGUCAAUUCAAUUGACGUUAUUAUCAUCUCCGUGACGUAGUGGUAUGAUUGUAGCAGCAGCAAUAUUUAUUACUAAUUUGCGGUCUUGUACUGAGGUACACCAAUUUCCAUGCAUAGAAGUACAUAUGGUUUUAUUAAGUAUGUAUGUCUGACCCAUGGUGUGUCCAUCAGAUGCCGCUGACUCAAGCGUGCCUGGCCAGUGAGAACCCUUAUGAGAGGAAAGCUGGCCUGAUGUGUCUGGCAGUGUUGGCUGAGGGCUGUGCCGACCACAUACGGACCAAGUGAGUCCCCUGUGCAAUGCUGUUUCUGAUGUUUAUUCAGUGGCUUCCUGUCCAAAAACCAGUUUAUUAAAUGUUUUAAAGUUUUACACCUGGCAAUGUCCUUCAGUGUGUGAGGUAGCUAUAAACCAGAGGCAUGGUUUGACUUUUUCCGAUUAUUCAAAUGGUGAGAUUGUAUGUUUCCUGCUAAUCCCACUCUGUCUGUCUGUCUGUCAGGAUGCUGGCCUCCAUGUUGCAGACAGUGUGCCAGAGUCUGUCAGACAGUAACCAGGUGGUCCGCAGCGCCGGCCUCUUUGCCCUGGGACAGUUCUCAGAGCACCUGCAGCCCGAGGUCAGUAAGUACUGUGCUGAGCUGAUGCCUCUGUUGCUGGGCUACAUGUCUGCUCUGAACCAGGCCAAGAUCGGACACGUCACCAAGGCCUUCUACGCCCUGGAGAACUUCCUGGAAAACCUGGGUGAGGAUCCUCCCGUUCACGUUAUCCUGAUCCACACCCAUCUCUCUUGCUAUUAUUUGGUUCUGUUAUGUUCUAUAAUAGAAUGCUAAACUGUAGCUAGGUAAACAGUCACUGACUCUCUUGUUCUUUAGUCUCGUCCUUAGACUACUUUUAAAGAACCCAUAAGAUGAGGUUGAAUUAGUCUUCUCCUCUGUUCUGUGCUGAUGUUUUCACUAACAGUGUUUCAUCACCCUAUCAGGGUCGGAGAUCGAGCCCUAUCUGCCCACCCUGAUGGAGACCAUGUUGUCUGCCCUCAGCAACGCAGAGAACCUGAAGCUCAAAGAGCUGGCUGUCAGUGCCAUAGGAGCUAUAGGUAACACACUGCAAAAGUCCAUUUAGGAUUGGGCCUUUCAACAGAGCAUGUUACAUCUCAAUAAUCUAGCUCUUGUGUCUUCCUUCAUCCACACUGAUCUGAAAGGUAAAAGGUAGUCCCGGUUGUUUUAAAAACGAUCCUAUGUUUUCAGAUCAGUGCAGAUGGAGAGGACACAAGUAUAGGAAGGCACUUGAGACUGUCGAGAUGCAAGUGGUGUGUGUAUAUCACUAACUGUAUUAACCCUUCAUCCCUUCUCUUCCUUUCAGCCAAUGCAGCCAAGGAGAAGCUAGUUCCUUACUUCCUGCCUGUCAUUGAGAGUCUGAAGGGCUUCCUCACUGACACCAGGGAUGAGAUGAGGGCUCUGCAGACACAGGCUCUGGGUAGGCUAACUAUCUCUAAGGCUUAGUCAGUUUGAUGUGGUCACUCAGCAGACACUUUUAGUCAAUACGACUGACAGCUUAGAUUUGAUAGUAUACUGUAUGUUGACCCUGGUAGGUUUCAAACUUAAAACUCUCAUAUUUCAUAGCACUGUGCUCCAACUAACUGAGCUAUCAGAACCCGUCUUGUGUAGUAAAGAUUACUUAACUGUGAGUCACCUGUGAAUGGGGAUUGAUAGGUAUACAUUGUCCUUUCAGAUACUCUGUCAGUGUUGGCCCGCACCAUAGGUAAGGAGGUGUUCAGCCCCCUGGCUGCAGAGUGUGUUCAGCUGGGACUCAAUCUCACCAACGCCAUCGACGACCCAGACCUGCGCCGCUGCACGUACGUGGUUAACGGGUGUCUGUGUGUGUCUGAGAUACUCACGCUCUCUAGUAGAAGUCCUGCCAGCCUUUUGGGGUGGGCUUUCAGAGUUCAUGGCUGUUUUCUGACUUGUUGAUGACUUUGUGUUGGAUCCAUCUCUCCAUCUUCCCCCCCCCCCUCUGUCUCUCUCUCUGUGUGCAGGUACAGCCUGUUCUCGGCCGUGUCCACAGUGAGUCCAGACUGUCUGAACCCCCACCUCACUGCCAUCACCACCAUCAUGCUUCUGUCCCUCAAGUCCACAGAGGGAGUCACGGUCAGUCAAUGGGCUUCAUGGCUCCAAACCCUUCCUAUUAUCACCACUCAGGACUUGGCAGUGUAUUCCAUUUCAACUCAGCCAAUUCAGGACGUUAAAUGAAAUGCAUGAAUUAAAAGUCCACAGAUACAUAAUGGCAUUUUCAAUGGACUGAAUUGAAAUGGAGUUUAUCCUGGUAUGUCUGAAAGAAUAUAUCCUCUGAUGAACUCUUUAUUUUCUCCCUGAUCAGGCUCACCUUGAGGAGGACAAGGCGUUUGUCCUGCUGGAUGAUGAUGAUGAUGAUGAUGAUGAUGACGAGGCUCAGGGUGACACCAUUUUGGAUGACGAGGUGACUGACACUGUGGACCCAGACAUCGCCGGGUACGUGUCUGAGAUGAUGGUCUUUUUUUGUUCAGGCACAAUGCAAAGGUUCCCAAAGCAGCCUUCAAGACAGCUGUCAUAAAAGGUGUCAAUUGAAAACAUGUUGUUUUUCCGGAACUGAGCUAGGCAGAGGGACCUCUCCAUCCCCAUCCUAAUCCGUGUGCUCUCUCUCCAUUCCCCAGGUUCAGUGUAGAAAACGCCUACAUUGAUGAGAAGGAGGAUGCCUGUGAUGCCCUGGGAGAGAUUGCCUUCAACACCGGGUAAAGACUCAAGAGCAUAGAGAUCUUUAGUGGUGGUUGUCAGCCAUGCAAUCUCCAUAGACAAACAAUGGCAGUAGAAUGGCCUUACUGAAGAGCUCAGUGACUUUCAAUGUGGCACCGUCAUAGGAUGCCACCUUUCUCGACAAGUCGGUUCGUCAAAUUUCUGCCCUGCUUGAGCUGCCCUGUUAACUGUAAGUGCUGUUAUUGUGAAGUGGAAACGUCUAGAAGCAACAACGGCUCAGCCGCGAAGUGGUAGGCCACACAAGCUCACAGAACUGGACCAAUGAAUGCUGAAGCGCGUAGAGCGUAAAGAUCAUCUGUCCUCAGUUGCAACACUCACUACCGCGUUCCAAACUGCCUCUGGAAGCAACGUCAGCACAAUAACUGUUCGUUGGGAGCUUCAUGAAAUUGGUUUCCAUGGCCGAGCAGCCGCACACACUCCUAAGAUGACCAUGUGCAAUGCCAAGUGUCGGCUGGAGUGGUGUAAAGCUUGCCCCCAUUGGACUCUGGAGCAGUGGAAGCGCGUUCUCUGGAGUGAUGACUCAUGUUUCACCAACUGGCAGUUCGGCGGACGAAUCUGGGUUUGGCGGAUGCCAGGAGAAUGCUACCUGCCCCAAUGCAUGGUGCCAACUGUAAAGUUUGGUGGAGGAGGAAUAAUGGUCUGGGGCUGUUUUCCAUGGUUCGGGCUAGGCCCAUUAGUUCCAGUUAAGGGAAAUCUUACAAUGACGUUCCAGACAAUUCUGUGCUUCCAACUUUGUGGCAACAGGUUGGCCCUUUCCUGUUUCAGCAUGACAAUUCCCCCAUGCACAAAGUGAGGUCCAUACAGAAAUGGUUUGUUGAUCGUUGUGGAAGAACUUGACUGGCCUGCACCUGACCUGUUCGAUGAGUGGGUGUCCACAUACUUUUGGUCAUGUAGUGUAUUUCCCCUCAUAUACAAUGUCAGCACUUUGAGCACUGGGAAAAGCGUCAAGUCCAUUAGUAGUUACUGUCUUUUUCUUUCCUGUUCACCCCUUCAGUGCUGCCUUCCAGCCCUUCCUGGAGUCCAGCUUUCAGCAGGUCUAUGAGCUGCGUGAUGUAAGUACUGUAGCGCUGCUCAUCCACCCCCUCUCCCUCUGUGUAAUGAGCCAUGAAGGGCAUUCAGUCAGUGUGUGUGUGUGUGUGUAUCUGACCAUGCAUUCUGUGUCCCCCUCCCCUCAGUUUCCCCACGAGGAUGUGCGCAGGGCUGCCUUCGGGGCCAUGGGCCAGUUCUGCCGAGCUCAGCACAAAGUGUGGCAGGAGAAUCCCACUGAGGCCAACCACCAGGGUAUCUCGCUCACGCUCUCUCUGUGCACAUCACAUAUAUCUAUACCUCUCUUGCUCUCUCUCUCUCUUAUAUUUAUCUCUCUCUCUCUCUCUCUCUCUAUACCUCUCUCUCUCUCUAUACCGCUCUCUCUCUAUACCGCUCUCUCUCUAUACCUCUCUCUAUACCUCUCUCUAUACCUCUCUCUCUCUAUACCUCUCUCUACCGCUCUCUAUAUCUCUUUACCUCUCUCCCUCUAUACCUCUCUCUACCUCUCUCCCUCUAUACCUCUCUCUUUAUACCUCUCUCUCUCUCUACUUGUCUCUCUCUCUCUCUCUCUCUCUCUCUCUCUCUCUCUCUCUCUCUCUCUCUCUACCUGUCUCUUUCUCUCUGUCUCUCUCUCUCUCUAAAACUAAAAAUAGAAUUGUGCUUCUCUUCCUCCGUCCAUCCCUCAGCUCUGCAGAAGCUGCUGGGUGUGGUACUGCCCAGCUUCCUGGAGGCGGUCCACAGUGAGCGUGAGCGCCAAGUGGUGAUGGGCGUGCUGGAGGCCAUGAACGCCGUGCUGAAGGCCUGCCAGGGGGAGGCACUGCAGAGCCCCGGGCUCCUGCAGGAGAUCAGCCAGGCCAUCCGAGACGUGCUCAAGAAGAGGGUGAGCCCAGACCAACCAAGCUGGGCCUGAGCGCACUUCAGACUGGAUCUCCCAGAUUAAUUAAUUGAGGAUAUCUGAAAUCAGGAUAUGUGUUUGUAUUUAUUAAGGAUGCCCAUUAGUUCCUGCCAAGGCAGCAGCUACUCUUCCUGGGGUCCAGCAAAAUUAAGGCAGUUAUACAAUAAAAAAAACAUGACAUUACAUUUCACAACACAUUAUGUGUGUUCCCUCAGGCCACUACUCUACUACCACAUAUCUACAACACAGAAUCCAUGUGUACGUGUGUGUGGAGUGUGUAUGUUAUCAUGUGCCUGUGUGCUUCUCUUCAGUCCCUGCUGUUCCAGAAGGUGUAUUUUUAUCUGUUUUUGUUACAGUGGACUACAGAGCGUCAUAGCCUAAAAUGUCUACAGUAAAAAUAGGAAAAUAUUCUGAUAAGCCUUUGACCUUUGACCCCCCCCCCCCGUCCCCCGUCUCUCUACAGACUGUCUGUCAGGACGGAGGAGGAGACGAGGCAGAAGAUGACGAGCAGCAGGUGGGAUUUCCUCUCUUUUAUCACACUCCAUCACUGGCAGGAUCGGCUGUACUUUCAAGUCUAUGGUGUGCGUGAUAUGAACGUGGUGCGUAUGAUAUGAACGUGGUGCGUAUGAUAUGAACGUUUUAGGCGGAGUACGACGCCAUGCUGCAGGAGUUUGCAGGCGAGGGGAUCCCCCUGCUGGCCUCUGCCGUCCCAGCGGACACCUUCCAGCCCUAUCUCAAUGAGCUGCUGCCGCUCAUCAUGAACAAGGCCGUGAGUCCCACUACCCUCACUACACCCUUUCUCCCUUAGCAUCGUGUUAAAAUAACAAUAAGUCAUUAACUCCAGUUGACAAGCCAUCCAUAUAGACAUGAAUAGACCUAAUUCCUAGUUCAUUUUGUGUUGAAAUUCUACAAUUUAUUUUGAGUUUGCAAAAAAAAGUCACCAUAAGCACAGAAAGGAUAAACCUUUAGUCAGAUACGUAGUUAGAUUGAGUUAGAUAUGUAUUGAAUGGGUGGAUUUGUUCCUCUUCCUCUAGAAGUCGUCGUGCACGGUGGCUGACCGUUCCUUCUCCGUGGGUACGCUCGGAGAGAUCCUGCAAUCCCUGGUCAACGUGUCUGGGGGCAGGGCCUGUGCCGGCAAGCUGUCCAAUCAGCUGCUGCCUGUCCUGGUGGCUGGGGUGAGAGACAGCGACAGUGAGGUUCGCAACAACAGCGUGUUUGCACUGGGAGCUAUGGCCCAGGCUGCUGGACCCCUCGUCGCACAGUAUCCCUCAAUAAUGAUGAAGUGUAUGUGUAUGUGUGUGUGUUCAGGAUUGAUCACUGAUAACUCCAUGCUAUGGUUCAGAUGAGUAGCUAGACCCAUUGACCAGCACUGACCAUAUCAUUAGAAUCUGUUACUAUUGUAUUGACCUGUCCCAGAAGAGCAGGGUCUUUUCCUCAACUCCUGUCCCUCCCAGAGACUACCCCAUGAUGCUGGCCCUCUUCUCCAACCUGCUGUCCAAAGAACAGGACAGGAGGGUGAUUGACAACCUGUGUGCUGCCCUCUGCAGGAUGAUCAUGAGCAACAUGGAGGGCGUUCCUCUGGAACAGGUACUGUCUAUGCACGUUCGUUCAUGGGAUUUAAUACCGGGCCACUGCCUAACUGGAGGUGUGUGCAAGACUCUGGAAGAUUUGGGCCCUCUGAGAAUAUCUGCGACCUGUGUCUGUAGACUUGUCUCCAGUUCUUUAAUGUCCCAAAUGCUGUACGUUAGAUUUACAAUGUAAGAGUUUGCCACAGGCUUAUUGACAUACAGACACAUAAGUUGAUGAACUGAGUGUCCUCGGUGAUGCUCGCUUAGCUAACUCCUCUCUCUGUCCGUCUGUCCGUCCGUCUGUCCGUCCGUCUGUCCUAGGUGUUCCCUGCCCUCCUGGCUCGCCUCCCUCUGAAGGAGGACAUGGAGGAGAAUAAGACUGUGUACAGCUGCUUGGCCAUGCUCUACUCACAGAACCCUGCACUGGUACGAUGAUCUUCCAUGUUGACUAAUGUCAUUGUGUUGUUACAUACCCAUCUGUUGUAUUUUAGUACUGAUAUUUAUAUGUUGUGUCCUUAGGUCCUGAGUCACAUUCAGCCAAUAGUAUCUGCUUCCAGCCACGUCCUGGGAACCAAGGAUCUUGACACAGGCGAGAACUUUAAAUCCAGACAGGUUUCCUCACCUCGUUGUGUAGCAAUUUUGUCUUAUGUGGAUAUAACAACGUUAUAACAAUGUAAUAACAAUGUUUUGUCUUAUGUGGAUAUAACAACGUUAUAACAAUGUAAUAACAAUGUUGGACUUUGUCUUCCAGAAACCCAGAACACCCUGGUCAUGCUGCUCCGAGACGUCGCUCAGCGCCACUCCCAGGAAUUCGAGGGCGCCAUGAGGUCACUUCCUGCUGAGCAGAAGAUGAAGCUGACAGGGGCCGUUAGCCAAUCCUAGCACACCCCGCCAACCAGCUCUUCCACUCCAGUCAAAGCCAGCGAAAUGUAGGAUUUGUUUUACUACAGAUAACAAAUGGGACAGUAGUUGGAACACGUUCAAAUUGGGAAAACUCCAGCAAAUUCCUGCACUUGAACCAUUCUACUAUUAGUAUUCUAUAAUUAUUCAGAGGUUAUGUUCCAAGCAUUCACUUUUUAAUUUAUAUUGUCUGUGCUUUUUUUAGAAUUAUUUUUAUAAUGAAAUGUGAUUUCAUUUUUUUGUGUCACUAGAAUGUUGUUUUGUUUGUUUGUUUCUAGUCUGAUACCAGUUUAACCUUGUUGUAACUGUGAACCUCCCAUCUAUUUGCUGCUGUCCCCCUUUAACCACACAUUUGAUCAACUGGCAUGACUAGUAUUGAGUGUGAAGCAAUGAUCUGAACUCAUGAUAAAUGCCUUUUUCUCAGA